AUGUCGUGGUUUUGGUCAACAGUUACAACAACAUCAUCCUCAACGGAUUUAGACUCUGAAAGCACUUCAAAUUUUGUGAAUGAUUAUACAUCAGAAUCCUCAAAAGAAACAUUCAAUACCUUACGACAUCAUCAUCAUCCACCAAAAGUACCAACAAAGAGUAUAGAUUCAAUAACAUCAUCCAUACCAAGAACAUCCUCAACAUUAUUUGAUCCAUUAAAAACAAUAGCAGAUAUCUCUGCAGAUGACUUAAGAUCAUUCGAUCCAACAGAAGGAUUUUUAAAAUUUUUUGGCACAAAAAAGUCUUCUCAUGACAAUCCACUUCUUCAUAGUGUUUUACCUCAAACAUCAUCGGUAGAGGAGAAUAAUUUUCAUCAUUAUUCACAACAGUUAGACGAGACUGCUUUGAGUACAUUGGACGAUUUUCAUACCAAAAAUUUACCCUUUGACAAUUCAAAUAAUUUUGAUCCAAUGGGAAAUUUAGAAAAUUUAAUUAGUGAAUCAUAUAAAUUCAUUCGCAUGGCAGAUGACCUCCAUGAUGUAGCAAGAUAUUUGAAUGACAUGAGGUUAUGCUUUAUAGCAUUAACUGUUACUUGUUAUAUAAUAUUAAUUUUAUAUGGAAUUACAUUAUGUGUUAGGAGGAGUAGGAGGAAUAAUGCAGCAAAUUCUAGAAGGCCUAGAUGGGAUUAUCAGGUUGAAGCACAACCAGAAUAUCGUAGCCACAAUGAUGAUCAAUCAAAUACCGGUACCAUACCAACACAAAAUUUUAUGAGCCGUAAUGCACGCUCUACAGCACCACCAUUUAUGAGGCAUGGAAUGUCUAUGAAUCAUUCUCAACAAACAACACGAUUAAUGACAGAUUUGGAUGGAACUGUCAAGCAUCAACUUCCAAAAAUAUCAUCAGUCAAUGAGACUAAUUCUACAGAUACAGAACAUGAAACUAAGAACAGUAAAACAAAUGAAAAAAGAAAUGGUGUGAUGGAUAUUUAA